AUGCCUCUUGUUAUCUCUGAGGGUUACCACCAUGGGUGCCAUUUUGAGGCAAUGCCAGUGUUAAGCGGAAGGGUACAUUUUCACCAAGUAGGUGGCGUCAGGGACCUGCAGCUUGGCAGAGAUAAGAAUCCAGAGAUGUCACAGCUGUGCUUUGGGGCUCAGGCCUACCUUGCAGCCUGCUCUGUCAAAGCACUUACCCUCCUAGUCCAUUCAUUUGCAAACUGUGUGAUGUGGUAUAAAAUCGCUCUGGUCCUUAGACUGUGGCUGUUCGCGGGGUGGGGCUCCAAGGCCAUCAUUUUUAUUGCAUGA